GUGUGGUGUGCAGCAGGACGGAGGAGAGGAGGGCGGUGUAAACAACAACCAACCCGCCCAUGUUUUGUGUUAAUUCUCAUAAAAUGAUCUGAAAAUCUGUGAAUUAUUUAUUGGAAACAUGUUUUAUCAACAGAGUGAACAUGAUUUAUUACCUCAUAUUGAACCAGGGGAGGAGGACGUGGUGUUUGAAAUGAGAGAAAGAUCCUACUCUACCCCAGUCAGUGGGAGGACCCCACAGGCAGCUGGGGAAACUGCUAGGCCCAGGAGCUGGACGAGAGGCAGUGACAACCUCACCCAAAUAAAGGAAAAAGAGGAAGCAGAUGACAAGAACCCGAGGACGGAGUACAAGCUGGCUGGGUUCUUGUACAAAGUGUCUGGAACACCCGGCAAGAGACACAUGCCAGGACUGAAGGGUCUUGGCAGCUCACACAAGAAGAGGUGGUUCGUGUACUCUGAUAGUGUGUGUAAACUCUUUUAUUACAAACAGAAGAAUGACCUUGAACCUCUCGGCUCUAUUGAUAUAUCACUAGCAACGUUCUUCUUUGACCCUGAGAACAAAAAUGAAGGCCAGUUUACUAUUAGGUGUGGCAGUGAGGAGACAGUGUUGGAGGCGUCAUCAUCACAGACCCGGAUGUAUUGGCUUCAACAGUUACAAGAUGCCCGGAGAGAGUUUAGUCAAAGACGUUCGGCCACAAAGACUCCAACGAGCCGAACUACUUCCACUGUGCGUCUGGAAUCAGGACUCCUCCAAGAUGACAAAGGCAGCACCAUCCUUACCCCAGACCCCCACCAUGACCUCCUGACACCAAUGGUGAGGCCCAGUGACUCAGGGAUGAGUGAUCUUCCCCCACGACCGCCAUCUGCUUUGUCUGAUGCUCGACUUGCUCUAUCAAACUUGAUCCCAAACACUCAACGCAAGAUAUUUAAAACUAAUAGUGAAUCCCCUAAAUCUCCGACGAGUCCCCAGGCAACGCACCGCAGUCCCAUCAACAGCCCCACCGAUGACCUCAGUCUUGGAAACAUUGGGAGAAAACUUCGUAGCUCAUUUCGGGGGAGAAGAUCAGCAUCUUUAGAAGGGAAAGAUGGGUUUGAUGGCCCCAACUUACAUACCAAAGUUGUGUGCAGGAAGUGUGAAGAGCUACGGGGAGAGUUGACAUCUGCCAAGGAAGACCUUGCUGCCACUCAGGAUGAAUAUCAAGCAUCUCGGGAAGUUAUAGAUCUUUUACAGAAGGAUCUGGACUCUCUACAGCAGGAGAAAGCCACACUGAUCAGUUUGGACCGAAGUGACCUGACAGACAGUCAUGUUCUGGAGAUAUUACGGGGGAAGGAUCGCCGCAUUGUGAACCUGGAGCAUGACAAUCAGAAGCUGACUAAUGAUGUUGCCCGACUCACUGAACAAGUCUCGGGUGCUCAGCUGCAUGAGGAACAUCUGAAUGAAAAGCUCUCUAUGCUCUAUUGCUUAAUUGAGGCAAAGGAUAAAGCUAUAAUGAGCUUGACUCAUCAGGUAGAGGAAAAUGCCACUCACCCUCGACCUAUGACACUUCCACCUUUGUCAGCUUUUAAAACACUGGUGGACUCGACUACCCGAGGAACGCAAACCUCCGACAUCACAGAGAAUGAUUCUCUCAAAGAUGCCCUAGAAGCUUACCGGUGCCAAAACAGCUUCUUGAAUAAAGAAAUCCUAGCGCUGAACCUUCUGAGGAACCAAGUGGCUGAGAGGGAGCACAAGUUGAUCACAGAGUCUAGUGAAUGGGAAGCCAAGUUCUAUCAGAUUCAAAGCAAAUACUUACUGCUGUUGAAUGAGCUGCAUUCUCCCCGAGCCAAUCAACAUGACCCAUCCAUCGUAUCCCGGCUGCUUCAGGAUGUGGUAGAGGCCCAUGGCCAACCAGACCUGAGAGUGAUUCAGAACAAAGGUCGUGAGUAUGACGAGUACGGGUUCUGCACGACAGCGCCUGAUGACUGCAGUUUACAGUCUAAAGCCAGUUAUCUCCAGAAGCAGUCCCAGGUCCUUGCUCAUCAGGUGCAGCAUAAUGGAAGUUCCUGGGAGAAUAGGUGGGAGAGCUUCCUAGCAGGAACUAGUGCCAAGGAAUUGCCACACUGUACUGAGCUCAAGUUCCUCAUACGAGGAGGAAUUCCUUACCAGUAUAAGGGUAAAGUGUGGCGGCUCCUGAUUUAUUCUCAAAUAAAUCCUUUGAAGGCUGCGCUCCCCUCAAAUUAUUAUAAUGAUCUGCUCGCCCGACGCACAACAUCUUCUACCCUGGGCGCCGCUGCCAAACAAAUUGAACUGGACUUGUUGAGAACGCUGCCGAACAACCGCCACUAUGAAUCCUUCCACUCAGAUGGUAUAGCGAGGUUGAGGAGGGUGUUGCUGGCUUAUUCCCGCCAUAAUCCCGAUGUUGGGUAUUGUCAGGGUCUGAACCGGCUAGUUGCCAUAGCUUUACUGUUCCUCAAUGAAGAGGAUGCUUUCUGGAGUCUGGUGUACAUUGUGGAGUACUUGAUGCCACCUGAUUACUAUAACAAGAACCUCUUAGGGUCUCAAGUGGAUCAGCGAGUCUUGAAGGAUUUGGUCAGCGAGAAACUACCUCGACUUAAUGCUCACCUAGAUCAUCACGGACUUGAUAUAUCGCUCUUUACCUUCAACUGGUUCCUGUGUGUCUACAUUGAUAUUAUUCCGCCAAUUACCUACCUCACAGUCUGGGAUUCUUUUUUAUAUGAGGGAUCUAAGGUUCUCUUUCGUUAUGCUCUUGCCAUAUUCAAGUUGUGUGAAGAGGGAGUUUUGGAAAGAGCUGACUACAUGGAGAUUUUUAAUUACCUCCGCUCUGUCCCGGAACCCAUCACAGACAUCCCCAAGUUACAGGAGACGGCUUUCAACUGGGUCAAUCCUCUUCCAAUGCGUUACCUAAGAAACAGACGUGCUCAUCACAUUACCAUUGUCAAGACUGAGUUGGAAGAAGUAGAAGCAGUAAGAAGAACCUAUCACGUGGCAAAACCAAGUCCACCAUGGAGAGAGUGCCAGAGAACACCGAGACCCCCACCAGCGUCCACUCCCCGCCCACCUCUGAUGAUGAACCUGACAACGAGGAAGAUCUAACACAACCUCAGGAAGAAACUAAGGAGGAAAAGAAGGAAGAUGGAAUAAAGGAAGAUGAGAAGGAAACCCAUGAAAAGGAAUUAGUUAGAAGUGUAGAGAAUUGCCAAAAGGAAGACCACACAG